AUGUCUGUGAUCAUGAUGGAAAGCGAUUCAGUUACGGACAAACAGCAGAUAAUUUCUGUGGAAGAUCAGAGAACAUCGCCUACUGAUACUGACCAAACAGGAAGUUUUCAUCUUGAAAUCUCGUCUUACUCGUCAGACGAUUUGUUGAACACGUGUCGAAUCUGUAGGGAUGAAACAGUGCGUGAAUCAUUGAUCAGCCCGUGUCACUGUUCAGGGACACUAGGCAAGUGUCAUGUGCAGUGUUUGGAGAAGUGGCUCUCUAGAGCUAAUAAGGACUCUUGUGAAAUUUGUGGUCAUGUAUAUCAAACCAUGAGACUUCCAAGGUCUUUUAAAGAGUGGUUUACUAAAGGCCAGAACCAUCUUGAACGCCGCUAUCUCUUUGGUGACCUGCUAUGCUUCCUGAUCCUCAGUCCAUUGGUGUUCGCGAGCUCGUAUCUCUGUGGAAAAGGAGCUUGGCACUACAUGAUCUUGACAGAUACGUGGACUGGAGCGGGGUUGAUUAUUCUUAGUGUAUUUUUGUGGUGUAUGUAUGGGUUUUGGCUGAUUGUAACCAUACGCUUUCAUCACAAAUGUUGGCUCGACUGGAGAAAUCAAAAUCAUGUAAUAAAACUCGUGAAAAUUGAUAGGUUUGACGCUGUAGAAUUAGAAAGUCAAGGAAGUGACGAUCGUAUGGAAACGCCAGUGUAAUUAGAGUAGGCGACUUUCCAGGAAAAGACAGAUAUCUCGUACUAACGCAUUAAUAUUACGUUUUUAAACGUAGUAUUAAUAGAUAAACUCUGGCU